GCCCGGGGAGCUGUCCUGCGGCACCGCCGGCCACCGUCGCCGCGGGGAAGCCGUCCAGCGCCGCGUCGCCGCCGCCGCCUUGAUGCAGUAGCGGGGCCCGGGAGUCGCCGGGGGCCGCCGCGGGGCAGGGGGUGCCGCAGCCGGGCUCCGCUCCGCGCCCCCCGCCCGGGAGGGGCGCCGCGCCUGUCCCCGUCCGCCCGCCCUCCCCCCUCCCCCAGGAGCCCCCCUCUCUCUCCUCGCCCACCUCCGCCGGGAGCGAGCGCCGCGGCUGUGCGGAAAAGCCAUGGGAGGCGAGACCUCGGCACCUGUUCAGCUGAAAUCAAGGGCUUACAGUAUACUGGGCAGUCUGGCUUGGUGGUAGAAGCGAACCAAAGGAAGGAGAAGCAAGCAAGAAAAAGUGAGAGAGGAUUGGAGCGACUGCCGCUGCCGGGAAAAAAAAAAAAAUAAAAACCCAAGGAAGAUAACUGGGAAGGAAAAGGAUUUUCAUGGCGCAGGCUGCAGAGCUAAGCAAGAAGACUGAAGGUUGCAUCUCUGCUCUUACAGUCUCUAACUGUCUAGGUCCAGAUAAUGAGAGAUUGUGUUGAGGAUGCUGCUGCUGCUCCCCUGUUCACUGUGGAAGCCAUCUCCAAAUUAGCCAUUACAUAUGGAAACUGGAGACCAGAAUUUUAGAAAAAGGGAUUAAGGCGUCUCGUUUUGGGGGGGGUUUCUCUCUUUAUUUGUUUAGUUGUUGGUUUUUUGUUUUUUUUCUUGGUUCUUUUCUCGCCUUUUUUUUUUUUUUCCUCCUUUUUCCUCUUUCCUUUUUUUUAUAUUUCAACCAGAACGUUUCCGAUUUAAAAGGCAAGCCUCUUCCCGUGUGGUCUUUCUAAUUUACACUCUUUUCCGUGGGCUUUCUUACCUCCCUUUUUUGAUACCUCUCUCUCUCUCUCUCUACACCCAUUACAUUAUUAGUCGGAAUUAUUACUCUUUUUAUUUUAUUAAACACACACACCCCAAGAAUCAGAAGGCGGUUGGGUAUUUGUAUAAUGAAGAAUUAUGGGGCUCUUUGACAGAGGUGUUCAGAUGCUUUUAACCACCGUUGGUGCUUUCGCUGCCUUCAGCCUGAUGACCAUAGCUGUGGGGACCGACUACUGGCUUUACUCCAGAGGGGUUUGCAAGACUAAAACUGUCAGUGAGAACGAAACCAGCAAAAAGAACGAGGAAGUCAUGACCCAUUCUGGAUUAUGGAGAACCUGCUGCCUGGAAGGGAAUUUUAAAGGUCUGUGUAAGCAAAUCGAUCACUUCCCUGAGGAUGCAGAUUAUGAAGCCGAUACAGCAGAAUAUUUCCUCCGGGCUGUUAGAGCCUCUAGUAUUUUCCCAAUCCUGAGUGUGAUUCUGCUUUUCAUGGGUGGACUCUGCAUUGCAGCCAGCGAGUUCUACAAAACCCGACACAACAUCAUCCUCAGUGCCGGCAUCUUCUUCGUGUCUGCAGGUCUGAGUAAUAUAAUUGGCAUCAUCGUAUACAUAUCAGCCAACGCUGGAGACCCCUCCAAGAGUGACUCCAAGAAGAACAGCUACUCCUACGGCUGGUCCUUCUACUUCGGGGCCCUGUCCUUCAUUAUAGCCGAGAUGGUGGGAGUGCUGGCCGUCCACAUGUUCAUAGACCGGCACAAACAGCUGCGCGCCAACGCUCGUGCCACGGACUACCUCCAGUCCUCCGCCAUCACCCGCAUCCCCAGCUACCGGUACCGCUAUCAGAGACGCAGCCGCUCCAGCUCCCGCUCCACUGAGCCUUCACACUCCAGGGAUGCCUCUCCCGUUGGGAUCAAAGGGUUCAAUACCCUCCCAUCAACAGAGAUCUCGAUGUAUACCCUGACCAGGGACCCGCUGAAGGCAAGCACCACCCCCACCGCUACCUACAACUCCGACAGGGAUAACAGUUUCCUCCAGGUUCACAACUGUAUCCAGAAAGAGAAUAAGGACUCUAUCCACACCAACACAGCCAACCGCCGGACCACCCCGGUAUGAAGCUGUCACCAUGAGCUGAAAAUGGGGCAGGAGCGGGCAGGAGGAGAAGGGGUGGGC